UUCCGGGGAGUUCUCUCGCACUCCAUCUCCGGCCACCUAUUCUCAGUGUUCUAUUUCACGACAACUUGCCAAGUGACUGAACGAGGAAGAUGAACAAACUCCUGGUGGUACUUCUUGCUGCAUAUGUUGCAGCUGGACCUGCGAAACCUGUAUUGCAAUCAGUGGAUUGUUUUACUUCCCACGAUAAUGAGUUCUUCAGUUGUUAUUUUGUGAAGAUCAUCGCUGCUCUGAAUAAAGCGGCUGUAUCGGAAGACGUCAACAUCAUCGAUGGCGUAACUUUCGUACGAGAUACACCAAUGGAGAGGACUGCUAGGAAUUUACAGCAGUCCGAAUCGGAGAUAAUACAGGAAUUACCACAGGAUACGUCCGAAAGGACGACAAAACUUUUUAUCAUGUUCCUUGAUGCAAGCAAUUCCUUCUUAAGCAGUCACAGUUUGUCAUUCAAGAAACUGUCCACAGAAACGGUUUCACGCGCUCUGAAUGAUGGACGUGCCAAAUUAAAGAAGUGGAUUUGGCCACUGGUCUAUGUGGGAUUCAAGGUUGUAAUGCUACCCCUGGUUGCUAGCGUUAUUCUUCUGGUUUUCAAAGCUUUAAUUCUGGGUAAAAUCGCCCUUCUGCUUAGCGGUUACGCAAUGUACGACCAAUUUAUUAGCAACAAGUUGCCGACUAGUGAUGUCAACCAGAAUUUCGUACCUAAUCCCCCCAUCCAUGACAGCUUUGCCGGAAAUUGGUUUGCUGCUUCCGAACAUCCAGGAUAUAGGAGCUUGGACGAGACGAAAGCUGACGCGAAAAUCGACGCCCAUAAUUUGGCAUAUUCCGCGCACAAACCGCAAACUCCCAAUGUUAUCGAAUAAACGAGACUUCUCACUCGGAAUUUCAUUCCAUUCAUCUGACAUGGAGAGACUUUUAAAAGGGUUUAAAAAUACCGAAAGCCAUAUCCAAGAGCCAAAAAAUUGUCUCGAGGCCAUUGGACCCACCUACGACUGCUAGAUUAGUAUACCUAUACCUAUAUAUAUCUAUAUUUAUAUAUGUUACAUAUUUAUAUACGUAUAAGUGUUUUAUGUACGUCGAAUGUAAUUAAUCGAUUCUAUGAGUUAUUGAACAAUCGUAUGUGUCAAAUAAUUAAAUUCUACUUGUAUAUUUAAUAAAUCAUUUA